AUGGAGACCUCUGAUAUCUCCAGAACGACCGCGCAACAAUCUACGCUCCUUUCUUUGCCAACGGAACUUCUCGUUCCAAUAAUUUGCGAUAUUCUGGCCAAUUUCCUACACGCCGCCAUUCUUCAGCCAUCCAACAUGAAACUAUGGAAUGGUCUUCACACACUGCGUCUUGUCUCGAAACGCAUCAAAAGCACGAGCGACGCAUGCUGGACGAAAUCCGUGGGGCCCCCAAGCGGCGACGGCAGCAGUUUUUGGAAACAGGAAAUUGCCGUCUCCCGUGGCGUAGUCCAUUUAUGGAGCCGUUCGCCUCAAAUGCCGAUACCAAGCGACUGCACCAUGCCUCUCAUGGCGGCAUACCGCGCUUAUGUGCUCGGUAUUCUUAUCGACCAUAAGUUAUUGCGACUUAUCGCCCAGGAUGAUACCCCGUCGGAGAAGCAGAGACUCAAGGCCACGUUCUGGUUCAACAUUGGGCUUGCUGCAGCGCAGAAAGUUGUCCCACGAGAGAUGGGUGCGGUGAUAAUUGCCAAUCUGAGGGACCAAGUGUGGCAGUCUCACAUCGAUUCGAUGAAGAAAGAAGUGGAAGACUUGACCGGGUGGCUGAAACUGGAGCCGCAAACCACAUUUGACGACACGAGGUCGCUUGUCAAACUCGAGCCUCACAUGAUGAGGCUCCUCAAUACGUUCAAGUCGACGCCAGACUUUCUUCGCCAUCUUGGUCGCGUGCCGCUCUUGUCGCUCAGGGAUGCCAUCAUGAGCCUUUUCACUCAAGAGGACGACAAUUCCGCGGCGUCGGAGACCGCUCGGAACCGCAUCUCCUCUAUAAUGGAAUCGAUUUGGGAACAGUGGAACGACUCACAGCGCGCUGCGACGAUGCACAGUCGCGUCAUGCAGCGUACAGUUGUCUAUGCAAACCUAAGGUAG